UGUACAAUCUGUACUUAACUGUAAUGGACACCCACUAGUUGAUGUGUAUAUGUUAUGUACAGCGCUCGCCGCCGACCAUAGUAGUUGGCUUUUAAUUUUCGGUCUAGUCGCAAAAUCAGUUUGAAUUAGUAAAUUACACAUUUAAGUAUACACAUACACAUUGGUUUUAUUGUACACACACAUAUAUUGAAGACCACCGUCGAAAAGAAGAGAUGUCACUGACAGUGUUCGUGCCGUUGCUGUUGCUUUCAGCUGUGGAGGGCCAGAAAAUGAAAUCCUGGAAGCCCAGCGUCGAUUUCGAGGACUCUGUCAAUUGGAAUUUGGGGAAGACACCGUCUUCCGUGGAUGUGGCGGUCUUCCAGGAAGACACUGCUGUCCCCGUUGUCUUGCCAUCGGUCGGUGUGGACAUUUGCGCAUUGAUCUUACCGAACAACGGUCAAGUGAUUCUCAAGCCCAAUGCUGUCAUCACCGUGUCUGCUUCUUUGCCAAGUUAUUCUGCUGAAGGAAUCGGGUGCACGGGACAAACUGUGAAAUUUAAAAAAAAUUCUCCAUUGUCGUGGGCCGAUCCGGACAAUUGGUCCAGCGAGGCUUCCAGUGCAACGCCUCACGUCGAAAGAAUUCCUUGUGUACACGAUACCGUGGUCUUCAAUCCAGAUAACUCGUUUUCGGCUUAUGUCCCUGACAUACAGAUAAACGUAGGAGCUGUGAAGUUUGGAAAUCAAACAUUCGGUCAAAACGAGCUGAACGAAUUUCUUGUAACGGACGUGGGCGACCAAGAAUUAAAAAGCACUUCGCCCAACAACCAAGUGUCGAUAACGUUGACGACAACCGAUUGCGAUGAUCCAACGGGAUGCGAGUGUGGCACUGAAAACCUUCUAGACGAUGUAUGUCGAACAGAGUCGAAACGCUGUGCUAAAAAAUUAGGUUGUGUCAACCCUGUGAAGCCAGAAGGCCACUGUUGCUGGAUUUGUGGAGCUUACUUUCUAGUUCACUACAACCCGAGAUCGUAUGUGGAAAAGAAUUUUAAAAAUGCUCUUAACGAGACCGUCAAAGACAUUGUCGGCAAGUUCAAAGGCUAUGGGCUAAACUUUCAUGCUCAAAAAUUGGUCAACGGAAUUUUGCAGUUUGUAAUAUUCAGCGACGGAGAAUACGUCGACGAAAUCGAUAAAAUUGCUCAACAAAUAAACGAAAAACUUUCAAGUUCGUACGCUAAUUUGGGCAUCACAAACGUCAAAAUGUACAAUUCAGGCCUGUCGUACAACGUAGAUGGCAUGACUUACGGUCAAAUGGCUCUGUUUACUUGCAUCGUCACGGUUUCCUUUAUGCUUGCCACUAUGUUCUACUACACCGGUGAAUGGAGAAUUGCAAUUUUCAACCCGAGGUCAAGUGCAGGAGUCGUGCAGUUCGUCAAGUUUGACAAUGACAAUAUCGACGUGGAAAUGAUCGACGAAGAUCCACGGGUGCGGCGUAAGACAUCGUUCAGCAAUCCCACAUAUGGAGCUAUAGAGAAUUCACCAUCUGACUCACAAAAUAUUAACGAAUUGCGUUAUUCUGAUUUGCCAACAACAUCAAAGUCUAACAAUGAUAAUAAUAUGGAUGUCGAAUUGGUGGAAACCGGUGACAAUCAAACUUCAUCAACGUAAAAACAUAUCACAAAUAAAAUAUAAUCAAGUAGUUUUAUGAAAAAGAACGGAUUACUAAAUAGGAAGACAUCAUAAUGGAAACUAUUGGUUUUAAGGCGUCUCGGAUAGGCAAUACCUUUUACAUAAUAUUAACAAUAACAUAAUAUUUCUGCCUUAGUAAAUAAUCAUAAUAUUCUUAGUCUAGUUAUAAAUGUAAAAAUGGAAAUGUUAGUAAACAAAAAUAUAUAUUUAAUAUAAUUAUAAUAUCCGUAAUUAAUGGUAAUAUAUUUUAUUUAUGGUUUUGUUUGAACAUAAUUUAAAAAAAAAACUGUUAAAAACGUAAAAGCAAUAUUUCAUGAAAUAUAGUUUCAAUAAAUAUCAAGGCGUUAGAAAUGCAUUGAUAAUAACUUGAA